UCUUGUUUCUGAUGUACGUCUGGUCAAAAUGACUGCAAAGCUUCAGGUGACGCGCAACGCGGUCACGUGAUCGGAUCCGCCACACUUUGCCAAAGCGACACAAACACUGAUGGAGUAUAAGAACUGGGCGAGACACAAAUACGAACCCACCUUUCCUUUCCUUCCUACUUCCAUUUGCUCAGAUCCCGGUGAUCUUCGAGCCUUUACACUCUAAUUUUAUCCAGCCUAUUUGCACAUCUCUAUAAUCCUAUUCCCCGCUUCUUUUUUUUACCACAACCUAAUACGCCAUUCGAAAUGGUUUUCGUUCCUGCUCGCUUCACCGUUUUCGCUGCCUGUGUCUCUCUCGCCGCCAUUUCUCAGAAUUCGCUCUCUGUCGAUGCCGCUGCUCUACCUCGCUCUGAUGUCACGAACACUAAGCCCGCCGUUCGCAAAGAAGCCCUGCUUAUGCCCCUUCCUCAUCAUAAAUCUGCGCCUGUAUCUCACAAAGGCAAGAAGACUGAGAAGAAGGGAGACAGAAAGCACAAGGAGAAGCAACAUAACGCGAGAUUUGACAGUCCGGACGAGGAGCCUGCCGCCGUGCUGAAGAUGUCGGAGCAGCAAGCCUACUUCGACCGUGAUGGAGCUCGCGCCCAUGGUGGUCAUGGUGGUCAUCGCAAAGUCAUUUCCGAUGGGAGGAACAAUCACGCUCGCGUUCACCAGCGAAGUCCUGAUCACGACCAUGAUCAUGAGCACGACCAUGACCAUGACCAUGACCACGAUCAUGACCACGACCACGACCACGACCAUGACCACGACCACCAUCACCAUCGACGCUCUGCACUUGCUUUCGCGAUGUCCUCUAGAGUUUCUUCCUCGACGAACAGACACUCUCGUCGAAGUACCUUAGAAUGCACCGAGGAAAAUGCGCAACAAGGAACUAUCGAUGUUAUGUCCGACGACAAGAAACUAGGGUCGCUCUUGGUAAAUGGCACAGACAAUUCCGUAUUCGUAUCACCGAAUGAGCAGAUGCUCUUUUGUCUCAUCGGAACGGCUGUCGACGUCUCAGACUCGCAUAAUUUCGUUCAACUUCAGAUACCCACCACUUCUGCGGAGUGUCCCCGUUGCGUCACAUACCGUACAGAAUCUUCGACGCCCUCAAGCCUGUACCUCGCACCUUGCGGACAGAUCAGUGCUGGGAGUGAUGAGAGUCAGGACUUCACAUUCGCUGAGGAUACUAAUACUGUCAAUCCCACGUCCCGCGACGCGUCUCGUCCUCAGGCAGCCGAUGUCGGUGAACGCGUGACGGACUUGGAGGAGAGGAACGAGGUGUUGAGAAACGCAUCAAUGGUAUUCAAGCCGAGUAAUGUUACAGAGGAUCCGGGUGCGAGCGCCGAGGAGAACACGUCUACGGUGACCGUGACGGAGACUCGGACUGCUACUGUUACUGCCACCAUCACUAGCACGGCAUCAGCGCUUUCUUCGGCGACGGCACAAGAUGCUUUGACUUCUGACUCUGACUCCUCUACGACUGUCAUAGUACCCGCCUCGACGGAUUCCAGCAGUACUCCCUCGACUACACCCAGUUCACUCAAGAUCGAAGUCUAUGUACCGGAAGGAGCUUCUGACAGCCAGUCGUCAUCCUCGCAAGCGGCGACUUCAAGCGCGUCUGGCACCGCAGAUACUCUUACAUCGACAUCUGUCAAUCCUGCUCAAGUCGCUUCUGCAACUGCUGCUUCUGAUAGUUCUGCUUCUUCGGCAGUAUCGACUACGGACACUUCAAGUUCGACCGCAAUGGUGGCAGCCCGGUCACGGACGACGGCGGUGAGUACCGCACCCUAUGAGUGGAAGUUCAGCAGGAAGUAAGGAAGUUAACUACGGAGCCUUUGUGUACUGUAACAGCGAAUGGACGUUUUGAAGAUCUUUGAGG